GUUUCCAAAGCGGACUGGCGUCUUUCAGCUGCCAUUUCCAUAAACAGGUGGCGUAAAACAAUCACUUCAUGGUCACAGUUCCACAGUACCCAAGCUGGAAACAGCAAAACGUUUGUCAGGGACAGAUUGUGAACGCUUGAGAAGUGCAAGGAUUUGUACUGGUGAGGAAAAGGGAUGGAAGUCCACAGUGUAGUUAUCCUUCUGCUCCUUGGGUCAGCUGUUGUGGUCCUGUGUUCGGAGCAUGAAACCCGUCUGGUUGCAGACUUAUUCAGGAACUAUAACAAAAUUGUCCGCCCAGUCAAUGAUCAUCGAGAUGCUGUUGAAGUGACAGUUGGACUGCAGCUUAUCCAGUUGAUCAACGUGGAUGAAGUGAAUCAAAUAGUAACAACCAAUGUGCGUCUCAAACAGCAAUGGACUGAUGUAAAUUUGAAAUGGAAUCCUGAAGAUUAUGGUGGCGUGAAACAAAUUCGCAUCCCGUCUGAAAAUAUCUGGCGUCCAGAUCUUGUUUUGUAUAACAAUGCAGAUGGAGAGUUUGCAAUUGUCCAGUUUACCAAAGUACACUUGGACUAUACAGGCUGUAUCACAUGGACGCCUCCUGCCAUAUUUAAAAGCUACUGUGAAAUCAUCGUCACCCACUUUCCAUUCGAUGAGCAGAACUGUUCUAUGAAGUUGGGCACCUGGACCUACGAUGGCACCAAGGUUGCCAUCAACCCGGAAAGCGAUCGUCCAGACUUGAGUAACUUCAUGGAAAGUGGAGAAUGGAUCAUGAAAGAUUUUCGGGGAUGGAAACACUGGGUUGAGUAUGCCUGCUGCCCUGACACGCCGUACCUGGACAUCACCUACCACUUCCUAAUGCAGCGUUUGCCCCUCUACUUCAUUGUUAACGUCAUCAUUCCUUGCCUCCUCUUCUCAUUCUUGACUGGAUUAGUGUUUUACCUGCCUACAGAUUCUGGUGAGAAGAUGACCCUGAGCAUUUCUGUGCUGCUGUCUCUGACUGUCUUCCUUCUGGUCAUUGUGGAGCUCAUUCCUUCGACCUCCAGUGCUGUGCCACUGAUCGGGAAAUACAUGUUGUUCACCAUGGUAUUCGUCAUUACCUCCAUCAUCAUCACCGUCAUUGUGAUCAAUACACACCACCGCUCCCCAAGUACCCAUACGAUGCCCCAGUGGGUGAGGAAGAUUUUCAUCAACACGAUUCCAAACCUGAUGUUUUUCUCCACAAUGAAACGGCCUUCCAGAAAUAAGUUGGAAAAAAGCAUUUUUACUGAAGACAUUGAUAUUUCUGAGAUCUCUGGCAAGCAAGGCCCAACGGCAAUGAAUUUCCAGUCAUCCAUUACCAAAAAUCCAGAUGUUAAGAGUGCUAUUGAGGGCAUCAAAUACAUUGCUGAAACCAUGAAGGCUGACCAAGAAUCUAACAAUGCUGCUGAAGAAUGGAAAUUUGUUGCCAUGGUAGUGGACCACCUUCUCCUUGGCAUCUUUAUGUUGGUUUGCAUUAUUGGAACGCUGGCUGUUUUUGCUGGCCGUCUCAUUGAAUUACACCAGCAGGGGUGAACAGAAAUUUCAAUGGUAGAUGGACAUUGACGUCCUCUCCCUUUUUGCUGGACAUCUUCAUGUGGUCACUCUUUACUCAGUCCUCAGUUCCACAAGUCUGAUGUUUCAAAAGAAAAAGAAUCAAUGAGGAUGAGUUUGUAAGGUUGUUUUCUGCGCUGCUUUCAGGUAGGAGUGAUUGCGUCCCAUUAAGAGAGUGAUAAAA